UACAGCUCUCUCGUCCGCUGCUCGCUCUCUCCUCUCUCUCUCUCUCUCGUCGUCGAACUCAAAACCCUAGAAUCCCCAACGAUCGCGUCCCCGAUCUUUCUAAAUCUCGAGUAAGCUUCCAUUUUGACGCCGGAGAGAGAUUCUUCUGGUGUUUCUCUCUCAAAGGAGCUACGGAUCCCUGGAAAUGUCGAGCAGUGUCUCCACCGUCUACAUCCAAGUCAUCGAUGACGUCGUCGGAAAGGUACGAGACGAGUUCAUAAACUCCGGCGCCGGGGAGGCUGUUCUCAGCGAGCUCCAAGCGUUAUGGGAGAUGAAGAUGCUGCAAUAUGGGGCAAUAUCAGGCAAUAUAGAAAGACCUUCUGUUCCCAAGCAAGUUGCACCUGGACAAGUCACCCCAGUUCAUGAUUUAAAUGUUCCAUAUGAAGGCCCCAUCGAGGAGUAUGAGACUCCAACAGCCGAUAUGCUGUUUCCACCGACUCCAUUGCAGACCCCAACUCCCACUCCAUUGCCUGGAACAGGUGAUGGAAUGUAUAACAUCCCUACAGGUCCAUCAGAUUACGCCCCGAGCCCACUCAGUGAUGUCAGGAAUGGCACCGAUGUAAAAAGUGGGAGAAAUAGUCCUUACAUGCAAUCGCCUUCACCGUGGAUGAGUCAUCGACCCUUGGGUGUGGAUGUUAAUGUUGCUUAUGACGAAGGUCGUGCUGAGGUGGAUAGAGGAGCUCCUCAUCAGUCGAUGACUCAGGAUUUUUUCACUGCUCAAGGGAAGCGCAAACGAGAUGCUUAUGCUCCUCCUGUAACAUCUGGCAGCCAGAUGCCACAGCAAGAUGGAAGUGGAGAUGUGAGAAUUGAAUUUUUACUUCCUGAGGGAAGCCAGUUCAAAAAUUUAUCAGCUCGUUUUAGCAAAGAUGCUGUACUAAAUGAGACACUCUGCAAAGAAGCAAGAGCGAGUUUAUUGCUUCCUCAACAGGAUGGAAAUCAGGAUGAAUAUGACGAGUUGUUCCCUUUCCAAGGAGUUGCCAGUGAAGACUACAAUAGCAACACACCGGCCGACCAUGAACUAAGAGCUCCAACCCCCUCUGUUGGCACACCAAAGCCAUCCAAAGGUGAAGCUGCCGAUGAUGAUGAACCUCCCCUAAAUGAAGAUGACGACGACGACGAGGACCUAGAUGAUCUCGAGCAAGGCGAGGAAGAACCACAGAUACAACAUUUAGUUUUAGCACAGUUUGACAAGGUGUCAAGAACAAAAAACAGAUGGAAAUGUACCCUCAAGGAUGGGAUAAUGCAUCUGAACAGCCGUGAUGUCCUUUUCAAUAAGGCUAAUGGGGAGUUCGAAUUCUAAUUUUUCUAUGAAGCAGCCGUCUUCUUAGAUAGUGAAGUGAUGUUCGACAGGCUGCUGCUUGUCGGAGUAGAUUUUACUGCUCUGAGUUGGGGAGCAGAGGUGUUGCUACCUCGGACAUGUUGUACAAAGCAAAUUUUAAUUAUCAAUUGGAUGGCCUGAGGCAGGAAUUUUCCCC